CACCCUCCUGGCCGGCGCCCGUGCGCGCCGUUGCAUCCACCCUCUCGUCCACGACCCCCUCUCGCACCUCUCUCGACACGUGUGCUGCUCUCGUCGCAGCGCCCCAAUUCAUCCCGCGCGCUCUUCUUAACGCCCCGUUCCGCAACUCCUGAGGCCGCCUGGCGCGCGCCGCACUCUCGUACGCACAUCCUACGCCUCCUCCUGCAUCGCCGGCCAUGCCUUCCUGGCUGCCCGGCUCGAACCCCGCGCCGGGGCCUGGCGGCAUCGGCGGCAGCGGCGGCACGGGCGCGUGGAUGAACAUGGACUCCAUGCGCUACGCGCAAGGCGAGCUGACGGGCGAGAACGACGCGUUCAAGGAGCUCGGCUUUGAGCUGACGCGCCAGCAGCGCAUCAUCGGCUUCUGCUGCUGCCUGGCUGGUGGCUUUGCGCUCUCCAUCAUCGGCUCGGUCAUGCUCUUCAUCGGCCUGUCCGGCGUCUUCGCGGUCCUCUACUCUGUCGGCAUCAUUGCCUCGCUCGUCGGAACUGGUUUCCUGGUCGGCUUCAAGCGGCAACUCAAGGGCAUGUUCGACCCAGUGCGGAUUGGCGCCACGAUCAUCCUGUUCGUCGCCUUCAUCCUCGUCUGGGUCUUUGCGUUCGCCGUGCGGAUCGAUGUCCUGGCGCUCAUCAUGGUCAUCAUCCUCUACCUUGCCUAUAUCUGGUACUCUCUCAGCUACGUGCCAUAUGCCCGCGCGCUGGUCUCGAACAUGUUCAAAAAGCUGUUCUGAGGGCCUUUGCUGCGAGCAAGCUGGCCGGCCGGGCAACGUGCUAUUAUGACCUGCAACGACAAUGCCGAGACCCGUCACACGC